GAGUCCACGGGAUUAGGUGCACACGCCGGGCUACCUUCAACAUCGCGAGAUUGCACGAGAGUCCACGAGAGUCCACGGGAUUAGGUGCACACGCCGGGCUACCUUCAACAUCGCGAGAUUGCACGAGAGUCCACGAGAGUCCACGGGAUUAGGUGCACACGCCGGGCUACCUUCAACAUCGCGAGAUUGCACGAGAGUCCACGAGAGUCCACGGGAUUAGGUGCACACGCCGGGCUACCUUCAACAUCGCGAGAUUGCACGAGAGUCCACGAGAGUCCACGGGAUUAGGUGCACACGCCGGGCUACCUUCAACAUCGCGAGAUUGCACGAGAGUCCACGAGAGUCCACGGGAUUAGGUGCACACGCCGGGCUACCUUCAACAUCGCGAGAUUGCACGAGAGUCCACGAGAGUCCACGGGAUUAGGUGCACACGCCGGGCUACCUUCAACAUCGCGAGAUUGCACGAGAGUCCACGAGAGUCCACGGGAUUAGGUGCACACGCCGGGCUACCUUCAACAUCGCGAGAUUGCACGAGAGUCCACGAGAGUCCACGGGAUUAGGUGCACACGCCGGGCUACCUUCAACAUCGCGAGAGUCCACGAGAGUCCACGAGAGUCCACGGGAUUAGGUGCACACGCCGGGCUACCUUCAACAUCGCGAGAUUGCACGAGAGUCCACGAGAGUCCACGGGAUUAGGUGCACACGCCGGGCUACCUUCAACAUCGCGAGAUUGCACGAGAGUCCACGAGAGUCCACGGGAUUAGGUGCACACGCCGGGCUACCUUCAACAUCGCGAGAUUGCACGAGAGUCCACGAGAGUCCACGGGAUUAGGUGCACACGCCGGGCUACCUUCAACAUCGCGAGAUUGCACGAGAGUCCACGAGAGUCCACGAGAGUCCACGGGAUUAGGUGCACACGCCGGGCUACCUUCAACAUCGCGAGAUUGCACGAGAGUCCACGAGAGUCCACGGGAUUAGGUGCACACGCUGGGCUACCUCAACAUCGCGUGGACGUUGCGCGCCGAGCUCAUGUACAAGUGGACCUGCCGCCUCCUCACCACAUGCGCGCCAAGGGUCC